AAACCCCCCACUGACAGCAGCCCAGAUACCCUGACUGGCGUAUCUUUAAAAGGUUCACUUUCAUACCUGACUUGCUACAGCUAAGUUGACCAGCCAACAGGACAACAACGACAGAAUAUCCUGCAAAGAAACAUGUUUUUGAUGCUGCUUCGUUUGCUGGUGAUCAGCGUCCUAACCAGAACAAGCAGUUACGGGUGGACCUUACGCAACCACCACAGGGGUAAGAUAACUGGCUCAGAUACUGAUCGACUGCGGCAGGUUAGGUCUGCUGGUGUGACUGCACUGGGUUUGAGCGAUAGGAGCACUGACGAAGACCCCGAGUUAAAACUGAAACUAGCGAUCGAAACAGUCAUGAACCAAACACAGAAGAACAAUAAUGAAGACAGCAGGCACGCUUUCGCCAGGAUCCCCUUAUCUGGAUCUCGGCCCCAGGAACUCAAUUUGGACGUUGGUCCUGGUCGUGGAAUGAGAGAAACCAUGAAUCACGCAGCUAUCGCCAACAUCUUAGCAGGUGCCAGAUCAACACCAACCGAUAGUUUUAAUAGGCCGCCACACCCUCCUCCUUUCAAACAAGCCAAACAAUUCUGGAACCACUUCGUGAGGAGAAGGUCAGACUCCCAAGAAGCGAUCGUGCCUAUCAAAACCACAGAGGUCCAGCAGCAAACGUGUAAGGCGUUGCCAUUUUUACAGAGUGUAGUCCAUGAGAACUGUGAGAAGGUAGUGCUGAAGAACAGCCUGUGUUUCGGGAGGUGCAGCUCCAUCCACGUUCCCAGAAACGAAGACCAUACGAAGACCAUCUGCUCUUACUGCAUCCCCACCAAGUUCACCAGGAAGACAGUGGAACUGAAGUGCAAGGGUUCCGUCAGCGUCACCAAGCUGGUCAUGCUGGUGGAAGAGUGCCAGUGCGAGGCGCAGAGAGGUCGGCCCCCGCAGCUGGGGCCCUUCUUAUUGGACCCGAGUUUAGGCAUCUUCACCAACCAAGCAUAAGUGGAUUAUCAGCAGAACCUGAACCUAUACAGAACGUAUAUUCUGUUUGUCACAUCGCUGUUCAACUACUGUGCCUAAGUGUGCUGUUGUACUGUAUAUUAGGCAAUGGAUAGUAAACAAUGUAAACACAAUUUCAAACAUGGUUUCAGGUGUUGCACUGGAAUUAAUUGUAAUCUUAGCAUUUCAGUGCCUUGCCUUUAUAUUGAUAUUGUGUAACAGUUGUAUUAUUGUAGAUACUAUACACACUUUCUGUACCCCCCGUACUUAAAACAUUUGAAAUAUCAGUCUACUUACGUUCAUGGCUUACUACCUUGGUUUGCAUUUUGGACCACUACAAAAAAAUGAAAAUAAAUAUGUAUGUAUUGUAAAUCUAAACUGUAUACAUACUAAUUACAUGUACAGCUGAAUUUGAAAUAAAAUCACUGACAAAAGAGAACUGUGUAUCUUCAUACACAUAGGUCCUUAUUUAUGUAAAAGACAAAGGUAGGUUUUCUGAAAGGAAUACAACUACUUUAAUGGUAUAAAACCAAGCAAGAAACAGCUUAGUUGUAGAUACAGUAAGACCUGUUCUUGAUGUUGUGUCU